AUGGAGACAAAUUCCGAGCACGAAACAGAAACUCUCCCUUUCUUUGCUCUUGAGGCCUUGCCCUCAACUAAGAGAGCAAAUAACUUCUGGAGAAAUUCGACAGUUGAAGUUUGGACAAUGCAGGAAUGUGUUUUGGGAGUGAGAGUUUAUUUCAGAGAAAUAUUGAGCUUCAAUCGCUGUUUGCGGGCAAACUGCUCAGAGGCUGUGAUGCCGAAACUAAUGAGACAGAGCCGUUAUUUGAGGAGGUGGAUAGCGACAAGAUUGGAAAGCUUCUUGCUAGCCAUCUCCGCCCGAAAGACGAGUUUCUGUUUACCAAAUAUCCAAGUUGCACAGCGGCACUUGGGCCCCGAAACAGCAGCUUAG